AUGGAACAUUCUGAGCACCCUCGUACUUCCCCAAACCGCGCACGCGAUCUUCGCGAUAGCGGAAACACCGGCAUCGAAUCGAUGCUUGCACCGGACGUCCAGGACUGGCUUAAACUUACCGGCUGGCACGAUAUCGACUAUCGUGCGAAGAAGCUAGCAGCUUACCGAAACACCGGUGCUGGAAAGGAGAAACAUGACAUAGGGAAAGCCAAGCUAGCUACUGGCGUUAUCAAGAAGGACCUUGACUCUGUUCUUGCUGACAUCCCUCAAGAUUCGUCACUUGUGCGGGUACGUCAUACUGAACCUGAAGGUUUGAAAAAUAGUAUCGAAGUGCAUCGUGGUAGGGAUAGCAGGGACCUUGUUGUGCCUACGACCCAUGCCCGUUCGGUGUCACCCCAUCGUUUCCACCACCAUGAACAUGACAAAUACCCUAUUCGCGGUUACUCACGAGUCUACUAUAAUGACUACGAUAGGCCCUUGACACCCCGUGGAUCGCCUCUACGUUAUAUUGUCCGGCCGACUGGCCGUCCUACACACACUACUGAGAGAAUCGAGAACUAUGACAGUCCAAACAGGGAGCGAGUAGACGAUCAACGAGAUUUGACCCGCGAGAUGAUACACUUACGCCAUCCUAAACAACUCGUUCUCAAGGGCAAAGGCGAGGUCUGCUUCUUUGUGAUGAGAUCAUACAGUUGGUCUCAUGUCUACGACUCGAUGGAUGAUGGUCUGUGGGCUACCCAGCGCCCCAAUGCGGAAAUUCUAAGCAAGGUCUUCGCCAGCGGCAAGACCGUGGUCCUCUUCUUCGCCGUUAACAAGUCUCACGGUUUUCAGGGUUAUGCCCUCAUGAAGUCACUUCCCUCUGCGGAUAUCCGUCCCAUGUGGUGGUACGGAGUCAAGUGGAAUAUCUCGGAGCCUUUCAAGGUAGAAUGGAUCAGUACGAUGCAUGUCGACAGCAAACACGUAGUGCAUAUCUCAAACCGCCUCAACGAAGACCUCCCGGUUACGCGAGCUCGUAACGGUCAAGAGAUCGACGAAAACGCCGGCCGACAAAUGGUUUGCAUUCUCGAGUCUCGUGGUGUAGAGGAGUAUAAGCGAGCCAGACGAAUUGGUUCUCUUUCUAAGCAAUAA